CCGGCCUGUUGCUAGGGCGAGCGGCGGCCGGGCUCCCCCUCCCCUCGGCUCCCAACAUGGCGGCGGGUGGUGCAGGCGGCGGCUGCCCCCCGGCCCCGCUGCUGCUGCUGGGGCUGGUGGCGGCGGCCGGGCUGGGCGGGGAGGCGGCGCGGCUGUACCGGCCCGGGGAGGACCCGCUGACCGUGCUGGAGGCGGGCACCGUGCGCCGGGCGCUGCUCAACUCCUCGGCCGCCUGGGUGCUGCAGUUCUACAGCUCGUCGUGCGGCCACUGCAUCGGCUUCGCCCCGACCUGGCGGGCCCUGGCCGGGGACGUGAAAGACUGGGAACCUGCCAUCAGGAUUGGUGUGCUGGAUUGCGGGGAGGAAGAGAACUAUGAGACCUGUAAAGAAUAUGGUAUUCUCUACUAUCCAACUUUUAGGUACUUCAAAGCAUUUACAAAGCAGUUCACAACUGGGGAAAAUUACAAAGCAGGGUCAGAUCGUGAGCUCCAAACCGUUCGUCAGAUGAUGAUUGAUUUUCUACAGAACCAUUCCCAAGAAUCAAGACCACCUGCUUGCCCUCCCUUGGAUCCAAUUCCGUCCAGUGAGAUUGCUUCUCUUUUUGACAAGAAUAGUCAUCAUUAUACUGCCAUUGUGGUUGAAAGUAGUAACUCCUAUGUUGGGAGAGAGGUGAUCUUAGACUUGAUUCAGUAUGAAAACAUUAUGGUAAAGAGAGUGCUGAAUUCUGAUAAGGCUUUUCUAGAGAAACUUGGUAUUACCUCAAUCCCUUCAUGUUAUCUGAUCUAUCCAAACGGGUCCCACGGAUUAAUUAACAUUUUGAAGCCUCUUCGGUCUUUCUUUUCUUCCUAUUUAAAGUCACUGCCCGGUGUGAGAAGAAAACUUGUUUCACAACUUCCACUACCAAAAAAGCAAAAUAAACAGGAGGGCACAGAAAUCAAGGCAUGGAAGGAAUUUGAUAAAGCUAAACUGUACAUGGCUGACCUUGAAUCAGGAUUGCAUUACCUGCUCAGGGUAGAGCUUGCCACUCACAAGACGCUUGAGGGAGCUGAGCUAAAGACCUUCAAGGAUUUUGUUACAGUCAUUGCCAAGUUAUUUCCUGGCCGUCAGCCCGUGGUGAAGUUGUUAGAGACCUUGCAAGAGUGGCUGGUGAGCCUUCCAUUAGACAAAAUCCCUUAUGAUGCUAUCCUAGAUCUGGUCAACAACAAAAUGCGGAUUUCUGGAAUAUUCCUCACUAACCACAUUCAGUGGGUUGGCUGUCAGGGGAGCAGACCGGAGCUAAGAGGUUAUACCUGUUCCCUCUGGAAGCUGUUCCACACCUUAACUGUUCAAGCUGCAGUUCGACCAAAAGCCUUGAUCAACACAGGUUUUGAGGAUAAUCCCCAAGUGGUCCUACAGAUCAUGCGGAGGUAUAUUCAGCACUUUUUGGGGUGCAAGGCUUGUGCACAGCAUUUUGAAGAGAUGGCUAAAGAAUCCAUGGAUUCCGUGAAAACCCUAGACAAGGCUGUUCUCUGGCUGUGGGAGAAGCACAAUGUAGUGAAUGACAGGCUUGCAGGUGAUCCGAGUGAAGAUCCAAAAUUUCCUAAAGUUCAGUGGCCAACUCCAGAUCUCUGUCCUGAGUGCCAUGAUGAAAUUAAAGGAUUACACAGCUGGAAUGAGGCCCAAGUGCUACAAUUCUUGAAGCAUCACUAUCACAAUGAAAAUAUUCUAUAUAAAUACAUGGAAGGCCAGGUUAACGCUAAUGAAAUAGAAGUUGGGGAUGUGAGAGAGAGAAAAGACAAAAAUUUACCCAAGAAAACAAAUGGAAACAAAGACGACAAGAUCCUGGAUCAACAAAAUAUGUUGGAUUCAAAAUCUAAGGUCUUAGAUAAAUUAAUAGCAAAUAACGGACCUGUCAGAGAUAGAGGUAAAAAUGCAAUCGAAUCAGUUAUCCAUAAAGAGACCAAGCCGUCUGUGUCUUUCUUAGGGAUUGGAUUUUCUAACAUAGACAUGAGUCUGUGUGUUGUACUUUAUGUAGCAUCAUCCUUAUUUUUAAUGGUAAUGUACUUUUUUUUCCGAAUGAGGUCCAAACGGUGGAAGGUGAGGUAUUAUCGUCCGGGUGUGUAGAACUUACCAGAAAUGACAUUUUCAUUGUAAGUGGCUGAUCAGUACCAGACGCAGCUUUAAUAUUUAUGAUCAGGGAUUUUAUACACAGUAUUGUUUCAAAACCCUCCUCCCCCGCUCCCAACUCAUUUCACCAGUGUUCUCACUUUGUGCUGUAGAGCGUGCUCUAGGAAUCCCAGGUCCAUAGCACUGACUUAAAGUGUUUACUAAAGGAGAAAGAUUGAACUUUUCCAUUAACAUAUCAUUACGUACUGUUUGCAUCCUUUACUGGGCUCUAAUGUGAGGAAUUGCACUAUGUAAUUAGUUACUCCAGGUUUUGGAAAGAAACUGAAUACUAGUGUGUGUGUUCUGACACAGCCGUUUAAUUUUAUCCUGAGUUGACUAAAUAAUCUAUCUGUCCACCCGCUGCUCAUUGUGUGAGAUCUUGUUGCCUUUGGAGAAGCAAGAAUUUUGAUUUUUCUUCAGAGCAAGAAAAAGUGUAUUUGAAUAAACUUUACAAGUGUAUUAUGUUUUUUAAAAAAUGAAUGUUUUUCUCCAUUACAUUUUUGCAGUUGGAAGCCAUAAGUGUCCAAAUACAAUUCCUCCCUCUCCCCUUAGUUCCAACCAAGGGAAUUUGCACUUCCAGGAGGCUCAGCAGUUGGGGAUAUUUGGAUGAUUUGAAUAGUGUACAAGAUGCCUGAUUCUGAUCUUGCGUACGGCAAUGUCCGUUCAAAAGGAACCCUGUUGACUUCAGUGGAGUUACACCAUUGUAAGUGAGAGCAGACCCAGGCCCAAUCUUUUUGCCUGCCCCUCUAUUCCAAGUUUAAGCAGAGCAUUGAAUAACCCACUCUUUAUUUGCUAAUUUGUAAGUAGGGAAGUAACUGAGGAAUAGUUAGGGGAAAUACCGUACUGUUGAAUUACACUAUUGGAAGCCACGUCUCAUGAACUCUAGUACAGUGAAACUCUGUGCCCGGUCAAAUAGACUGAAAGUCCUGAGUGGUUUUGGUGGCCAAUACAAAUUUCAGUUCUGGUUACAGUGAAUUUCUUACAACAUUGUGACACAUACAAAAAAAACUUCAGUAUAAAGAGUUCCACAAUGUAAGCAGGUAAUUUAGAACUCUCCCAUCCUGAGCCUGCGAGGUGGUGAGGAAUAUGAGUGAUUCAAGACAGUCUCCUUCUGCUAGUGCAUUCCACUAUUUGGAUUAAAAACAACGGAAUAAGAAUGGCCAUACAGGUCAGUCUCAUGGUCCUUCUACUCCUGUGUCCUGUCUUCUGACAGUGACCGGUACCAGAUGCUUCAGAAGGAAUGAACAGAACAGGGCAAUUAUCAAGUGAUCAUCCAGUCCCAGCUUCUGGCAGUCAAAGGUUUAGGGACACC